AUUGUGCUGUGCAGGCAUUUGAAGCUGCAUGGGCUGGUGCUUGUAAAGUCCAGGCAUCAAUGGUGAACGUUCCGGCUGGAUUCACGUUCCUUGUGGGACCCAUUUCAUUCUCUGGUCCAUACUGUCAAGCGAAUAUUGUCUUCCAGCUGGAUGGCACAAUCAUUGCUCCAACUGACUCCAAGUCUUGGGUUGGAGGUCUUUUACAAUGGCUUGAAUUCACAAAGCUGAAUGGUAUAACAGUUCAAGGAAAAGGUAUCAUUGAUGGAAGAGGCUCUGGCUGGUGGCAGGAUUCCCCUUUUGAAGAUCCUAUAGAUGAUGAAAUUAAACUCAUUAUCCCGUUAAACAACACAUUAGAAGACAAGCCACCACUGCCGGUCAGAAAUGAGCUCAGUGGGAAAAUGCCAAGCAUCAAGCCAACUGCACUGAGGUUUUAUGGGAGUUUCAAUGUAACUGUCACGGGCAUAACUAUUCAAAACAGUCCACAAUUCCACCUCAAGUUUGACAACUGCGUGGGGGUUGUGGUACAUGACAUGAGUGUUUCAUCUCCUGGAGACAGUCCCAAUACAGACGGAAUUCACCUACAGAACUCCAAAGAUGUGCUAAUACAUAGCAGCAAUCUUGCUUGCGGAGAUGACUGUAUAUCUAUACAAACUGGAUGCUCAAACGUGUAUGUACACAAUGUCAACUGUGGGCCAGGACAUGGAAUUAGCAUUGGAAGUCUGGGAAAGGAUAAUACCAAAGCCUGUGUCUCAAAUAUCACAGUCCGAGAUAUCAUGAUGCAUAACACAAUGAAUGGUGUCAGGAUCAAGACGUGGCAGGGUGGAUCAGGCUCCGUACAGGGGGUAAUGUUCUCAAAUAUUCAAGUUUCUGAGGUGCAACUACCAAUUGUGAUUGACCAAUUCUACUGUGACAAAAGGUCAUGUACCAAUCAAACAUCUGCUGUUGCUCUCUCAGGAAUCACCUAUGAAAGAAUAAGAGGAACAUACACAGUGAAGCCUGUGCACUUCGCCUGUAGUGACAGCCUACCAUGUACGGGUGUGACUUUAUCUGCCAUACAGCUAAAGCCAUUGCAAGAACACUAUCACCUCUAUGAUCCCUUCUGCUGGCAAACUUUUGGAGAGUUGACCACUCCAACUGUUCCUCCAAUUGGAUGUUUACAGAUUGGAAAGCCACCUAAGAAUCGAGUUCAAUCUGAUCAUGAUGUAUGUUAAGCUUGGUCUAGUUAACUUAUGGUGUACUCAUUUGUGUGGUCGGCAUUGUCUUCUGACCCCUUUUGCACCAUUAGGUAAUUGAGUAUAGAUUUUAUAUAUAGGCCAUCGUACUCUAUAAGAAGUCUUCUUUGCUGGGAAUACCCUUAUUUUCAUUCUGUGACAGUGUACAGGUGUGUCAUUCACUACUACUGGCAGAGUAUGAUGGUAGAGUUAAAGCCUCGUUUAUCACAGCAGAUUAUUUGAGCGUUAGAUAUCAUAUAAAUAGCUUUGUUUUCU